UGUGUAAUGUGUCUGACGUCACAGUGCUGCUGUUCCGAGCGGGAAGGUUCGUGGACAGAGAAACUUGUUGUGAUUAACCAUUCGUGCAAACAAACAUGGCUGCAUCAUCCGCCGUGGAGUACACCAUCGGAGGGGUAAAGAUCCACUUCCCCUGCAAGGCUUACCCAUCUCAGCUGGCCAUGAUGAACUCGAUUGUGAGAGGGUUGAACCACAGCCAGCACUGUCUGCUGGAGAGUCCAACAGGAAGCGGGAAGAGUUUGGCUUUGCGUUUGCUCGCUCUCGCCUGGCAACGCGCUCAGAUAGCUAAACUUGAACAAGGAGGAAGUGGUGUGGAGGAUAAGAGCCAGACAGAGGAUAAAAACUGUGGCAUUCAUAAGAAAUCAGAUGGCACCAUCACAGCCUGUCAGUGUCUUUGUCAUAGAAGAACCAGCAGGGAUUCCACUGGAACUCCUAUUGUGGACUUAACAGUGUCUCCAACCAGAGGCAACACACAGUGGUUGAUGCCAACACCUGCACCUGACAAAGUUCAUUCUUCUCUGAACUUGACCAAGAAGAAGACUUUCAGCCUGACAAGAAACGCAUUCGUCCAGCAGCUGAGGAGAAGGAGGCAGGAGAUUUUCUUCAUCCACGCAUGCAUGCAUGGGCGGGUGUGCAUAGCCGGAAAAGACAUUGUUUGGAGCGUGGAGUCCGUGUUCGCGGACGAUGGCGACUUCCUGCUCACAGCUGGAUGGUGGAUCCAACCAGGACACCAGCCGGCCGUCCUUGUCAAGCUGCAACCAUUCGUGCAAACAAACAUGGCUGCAUCAUCCGCCGUGGAGUACACCAUCGGAGGGGUAAAGAUCCACUUCCCCUGCAAGGCUUACCCAUCUCAGCUGGCCAUGAUGAACUCGAUUGUGAGAGGGUUGAACCACAGCCAGCACUGUCUGCUGGAGAGUCCAACAGGAAGCGGGAAGAGUUUGGCUUUGCUUUGCUCGGCUCUCGCCUGGCAACGCGCUCAGAUGGCUAAACUUGAACAAGGAGGAAGUGGUGUGGAGGAUAAGAGCCAGACAGAGGAUAAAAACUGUGGCAUUCAUAAGAAAUCAGAUGGCACCAUCACAGCCUACAAAGUUCAUUCUUCUCUGAACUCUGACCAAGAAGAAGACUUUCAGCCUGACAAGAAACGCAUUCGUCCAGCAGCUGAGGAGAAGAGCCGGAAAAGACAUUGUUUGGAGCGUGGAGUCGUGUUCGAGGACGAUGGCGACUCUCCUGCUCACAGCUGGAUGGUGGAUCCAACCAGGACACCAGCCGGCCCGUCCUUGUCAAGCUGCGCCUCUGAGCUGUGCACCUGCUGUCCGUGUGCUUCUGUCAAAGACGGCGUGAAGGACAAAGACAAAAAUGUCAAGAAGACCAUCCCAAAGAUUUUCUAUGGAACACGAACACAUAAACAGAUAACUCAGAUCGCCCACGAGCUGAAGCGCACCACUUACUCCAGCGUGCCCAUGACCAUCUUAUCCAGCAGAGACCACACGUGUGUGAACCCCGAGGUGGCGCCGCACUCUAACCGCAAGGAGCGCUGCAAAGACCUGCUGGAGGGCAAGGAUGGCAGGUCCUGCCGCUACUACUACGGCAUUCAAAGGAUGCGGGACCAGAGCAUACUACAGAAGGUCCACGGACUCCAUCAGGCCUGGGACAUCGAGGACCUGGUACGACUGGGCCGGAAGCUGCGAGCAUGUUCCUAUUAUUCCGCCCGUGAACUGAUGCAGGGUGCUUCGAUCGUUUUCUGCCCCUAUAACUACCUGUUGGACCCUCUCAUCAGAGAAAGUAUGGAGAUCAACCUGGAAGGCCAAAUCUUAGUCCUGGAUGAAGCCCAUAACAUAGAGGACUGUGCCCGAGAGAGUGCCAGCUUCACGUUGGACUACAACAGCCUGCUGAUGUCCAGGGACGACUUGGAUGGCAUGGUCAAGUGCAACAUCAGAUGCUCGCUUCAUGAGCCGCUCAGGAACUUCUGCUACAGCCUGCUGAACUGGAUCCAGGCGAGCCAAGGCCUGAUGUCUGAACGGGGAUAUGAGAGCGCCUCUAAAGUUUGGACCGGCAGGGAGGUACUGGACAUCUUCCACAACCUGGGCAUCACUGCUGACACCUUUAACUUGCUGAAGCAAAACCUGGCCUUUGUGUUGGAUAAAGAGGAGUAUGUUAAUGGUAAAGAGGAUGUGGUGCUGGUUCAAACGAUCAAUGCAUCCACCUCCAUCUUACUGAAGAGCCUCUUCAUGGUGCUGGACUUCCUCUACAGAGACAACUGCAGGUUUGCUGAUGACUACAGGGUGGCUCUUCAGAGGAGCUACACUUGGACCAACCAGAUCCCACCUGACACUUUUGCCGGCCCGAGUCUCGGAGUCUGGUCUCGACACAGACAACGGCAGAGCGGCCGCGUCAAAGCAGAAGUCCUGACCCUGAGCUUCUGGUGCCUCAGCCCUGCUGUGGCCUUUUCUGACUUGAGUGGGUCAGUGCGGACGAUUGUGCUGACAUCAGGAACCCUGUCGCCCAUGAGCUCCUUCUCCUCUGAGCUUGGUGUAAAGUUCUCCAUCCAGCUGGAGGCCAACCAUGUCAUCAGCCGCUCCCAGGUGUGGGUGGGCACCCUUGGUUCCGGACCCCAGAACAGAAAGCUGUGUGCCACCUUCCAGCACGCUGAGACCUUUGUGUUCCAGGAUGAGGUGGGAGCCUUGAUGCUGCACGUCUGCCGAGCUGUGACCAAGGGCGUGCUCUGCUUUCUGUCCUCCUACAAGAUGCUGGAGAAGUUGAGAGGUCGAUGGACCAGCACCGGCCUCUGGGAGCAGCUGGAACAACACAAAACUGUGAUCACGGAGCCGCAUGGUGGUGCAAAGGGCGAUUUUGAUGAGCUGCUUCAAAUGUACUAUGAUGCCGUCACACACUGUGGGGAAAGAGAUGGCGCUCUACUGAUUGCUGUUUGUCGCGGUAAAGUCAGUGAAGGACUGGACUUCGCCGACGAUAACGCCCGGGCAGUGGUCACCAUUGGCAUUCCUUACCCAAACUUCAAAGACCUUCAGGUGGAACUGAAGAUGAAGUACAACGACCAGCACUGUAAGACCAGGGGUCUUCUCCCAGGCCAUCGUUGGUACGAGAUUCAGGCCUACCGAGCCCUGAACCAGGCCCUGGGGAGGUGUAUCCGCCACAGGAACGACUGGGGGGCCUUGAUCCUAGUCGAUGACCGUUUUAGGAAUAAUCCCAAUAAGUACAUCACAGGACUGUCCAAAUGGGUCCGUCAGCUGGUCCGGCACCACGGCUCCUUCACAGAUGCCAUGCAGAGCCUGGUAGAGUUCUCUCAGGCCCAGCAAAAGGGGGACGUGGUUCCUGCAGGAAGUCAGACACUCUCACCUCCCAGCGGUCCCUGUACAGCACUUGCAGUGGGGCGGAGUCUAUCUGACACUGCAGACCCUCAGGCAGCCCACUCAGAUGGCCCACUUGGUACUGCCCCUGAUCGUCUGAGCGUAACUGAACCCAGAGCACGAGCAGAUGGUGUGAAGAUGAAGUCUGGUCCAUCAGCAGAUCAAGAACAUUCAUCUCAGCCCCUCGUCCAUCUCUUCAGCUCCUGUCUGAGGAGGCCCAUCUUUAAGGACAAAGGAACCGCUGAGUGCAGGCAGAAUUUGGAAACAAACGAACCCGCUGAGGACAAGGAGAACCCGGACAGCUCCAUUCUCCAGAAGAACGAGGAUUCCAGUCAUCAGCAGGAGACUGGAGAAACCUUCACUGAGGUGACAUUGGAACCAGAUCAGCUGGAACCGUCUACGGCAGUGAUCCCUGGCUGCUGUGGGACUCAGUCUCCUUCAGGAGACGCUCCAGAUGAAGACGAUGAGGACCAGACCACCUUCUUCACCCCGGAGCUGUUUGAGGGUGAAGGAGAUGAAGAGAUGAUGGCUGAGUCACCUUCUAGGAGGAUCUUCAGGACAGGGAGUCCAGCCUGGCUGUCAGAUGACCUGCUCGGGUCACACCAGCCUGACGUCUUUGACAGACAGAUGGACAGUAGCAUUUUAGUGCGAACAGACGGCGCAGAGCUCGAAAAGAUGAUGGAGAAGGAUGCAGAGCAGAGAGCGAGAAAAGAUAACGGGCAGGAGGACGAGAGAUCACAGGGACACAAAGACACAUCAGGACAGGAGCAGAGCAGCUCAAAGGUCAACAGACUGUCCAGGUCCAGGCUGAGGUCUCCUUCCAUCCCAACAGCUAACUGACAGUCAGGAUCCAGGGAGUGCGGGGGGCAGGAACCGGGAUGCCGUGAGCUGGUCUUGGUAUCAGAUUUACUCCAGAGUCUCUCUUUUUGGCUCUGAUACUCUGAGUGUCGUACCACACUGAGUUCCUGAAGCUCUGACUGGAACCUGGAGUUCUGUGGGGACCAGGUAUCUACAGUUGGCUGAGGUCGGGCUCCGUUUGCGCCCCGACAGCCGUCGUUGAUGUCAUUCUUUAGUUUUACUGUGCAAUAUUACACCGAAUACACACUAUAUUCAACUGAGUAGAAACAUUUUACAGGUUUGUCCACCAGGGGGCAGAUUAGCCCUUAAUGCCUUUUCUGAACCUGCUAAUGCCAAUCAGCGGCCACAGCGGGUGGAGCCUAUCCCAGCAGUCAUCAGGUGAGAGGCGGGGUCACCAUGGACAGGAUGCCUGUCUGUCUCAAGACCAUUUUUUGGAUUCUUCUCAGUCUGCUGAUGUUUUGUCAGGAUCAUGUUUCAGUCCUGAUCCCUGAUUUAAACUUUGUCUUUGAAUUCGGUCGUUUCUCUGUUUCCCGCCGUUUGUCUCUGCUGAGUUUACGUUACGCACCGUCGCCCUCAUCACACCUUGUUAUUGGUCCAUUAGCAUCAGCAAUGAUAGCGAGCUAGCUUUCUUCUCGUUAACGCUAAUCAGGCUGUUCUAGCUGUAAAACCAUGUUAACACUGUACGAGAGUAAUUACAGAGUUAUUUUGAUGGGCUGUGCAUUUUAACAAACCAUUAAAACUUUUUUCCAUCUUUGAAA